CGUCACGGAGGCAGUUCUGGGUUUCCACUGAGGCUAGACGAGUGGGAUAUAUUUUUUUAUCGUUUAAUUUCUUAUGCUUAAUGGUAAAUCUAGAUUUCAAUUAAAAGCACAAGACUUCAUCAAGGCUAGAUAAUCAACUUUAGAGCAUAAUAGAGCAAAGAAGUCCCGUAAUAAGGGAGGAUAGCUUGUUGAAAUAAGACCAUAGCGUCGGAUGACGAUCGUCGUCGGUCAUCACCGUCGCCAUUGGCACCGAGAUUCCACGAAAAAUUCCUGAGUUGAGGUACUUGAUGAUAAAGAUGAUGGUUUAAGGCUCUGGUGGUGUUGCUGGAGGAGGGUUGUGGUGAAGCAUGGGCUUGUGUUUGUGUGGUGCUUGGUGCUAUUGACCAAGGACAUGCCGAGCAUCCAUGAGACUAUUGAGUCUGACGAGAGCUUCUCAUCUCUCUCUGAUGAUGAGCAGGAAGAGAACCGAAACCAUGACCAACAGCCAAGCCACAGCACUGCCUCUAAGACAACACCAGUGAAGAAGUCCAGAAGCCACCAGUCACAGGAACAGGACAAGGAAGGACACCGUAAAGGGGCAUCACGAGGCUCCCCGAAGGACCACCAGCAGACGCGGGAGCCUCGAGCCUUAGUUGAAUAUUCUGACGUCAGUUCGGAGGCAUUCUCUGAACCAGAAGCUGGCGAAAUCACUGACAGUCCAAGCCACAGUCCUGUUGUUAGCCCGCGUGGUAAUCGGCAGUUACUCCGGUCACCCUCCCGGUCCUCUCGGCUAAGUCCUCGACCAAGUCCUCCUACUUACAGUGCGAACAUUAGCCGCAGCCCCUCCUUUGUGUCUCGCUCACCUCUCCCGAGGUCCAGGGAGCUACGCAGUGACGGAGAAGUUGAGUCCUCUCCCACUCCUUCGCACCAUACUCUUCACACCUCCCGUCCUCUAGUACCUUACCCAGUUGUCAUGUCCCCGGAUCGCCAUUCCUUAGAAACAAGAGGAGAUUACUAUCGCACGAGGGACCCCUAUCACCAUUCUCGAACACCCUCUGAAUCAGAGAGGGACCAUUCCAGAGCCCGGAAAAAGGAACACAAGAAAGAUAAGAAGAGAAAAGCGAAAAAACACAACAGAUCUGAAAGAUCACAUAGUCCUGUUCUUAAAAAGAGAAAGAAGAAAAGCAAGCACAAAUCCAGAAGUGGCAGUCCAGGGUAUGAUGAUGACAUAGUUGGGGAGGGUAGUAUUGCAAGUUCAGAUGAUGAUGUUACAGAAACAAUGGUGAUAAAGAGGAGCAUCCCUAGUCAUGAGGCUCGGUCAAUGGGUGCAUCAUCAAGGGUGAGGAGCAGAGGGGAAAAACAUAGUCCUCUCAGUUCAAAUGAUGAUGAAGGGUUAGUGAGCCCCCACCCAGUUGAGGUGAACCACGUGCGGGGCCCAUCUCACUCUUCACAUCAUCGCUCACGAGAACGCACACCCAGUCGUAGGUCCAUGCCACGGUCUCCCCACACACCUGUUUCUCCCCGUCACCACAGCAUGCGACACCUCACCCCACCCCAGGCUCAGCCAUCAUCUGUCAGCAAAAACUAUGACCGGUCAAGUAGGGUGCAUCAUAUCAGCCCACGCAGGUCAACUACAUCACCCAUACCGAACCAAAGGCGGGGAAACAUGACUCCCCCGCCUAGAAGCCCUCCCCGUCGACCUACCUCCCAUCGUGCCCGAUCUCCUCCGCCUGUUGUGGUGUACAACAAGAAGCGAUCGCCUUCUCGAAGUCCUGUGUCGUACAUUGAAAUCAGAGGCAGUCCAGAUACUCCACCUCACAGCAGUAGUAGUAGUAGGUAUUAUGCCUCUGCUUCCACCUCCAGGAGGGAGGAAAAGAAGAAAAAGAAGAAAGGACGGGAUAGAGAUUACCACUCUCAUGGACGUCGAAGUCGGAGCAGAAGUCACAGUCCCACCAGGAGCCCCAGUCGAAGUAGGGCUCAGUCUCCGAGAGGGAAAAAACGUAGAAGUGGAAGUCGUACUCCUGUGCGGCGGCGACCAAGACGGUCACCCACCACUCCUCCUCGCCCCCGACCAGCUUCACCCCGUCGUACCACCCCAGCCACUGGGGCUCUGGCCCAUGAAAACAACAUGAGUUCUACAAGUUUGUUUGCAGAACUGCUUAAAACGAGGAAAAACAGGGAUCGAUUCAUGGCCCUAAGGACCAAAGAACCUGACAAACCAGAAAAAGGGAAAGAAAAUGUAGAACCAGAAGGGGGAGGUUCAGCUUCAGGACCAGACACCCCUGGGGCUUCUUCAGCACCAGUUGCUGCUGUCCCACCAUCAGCAACUACUGCAACUUCUGCAAUGGCUGUUGCAGCGGCUGCUGCUACUGCUGCUUCUGCUUCUGCUUCUGCUGCUGCCACUAUCCCUAAUGGGGCAGCACAGGUGGAAAAUAAUACAGUCAUUGAUCUUGAAGAAAAUUCUGAUCAGUCUUGCCCACCAGAACAGCAAUCAGUUAGUAUCAAGUCAGAAACUCCAGAUAUAGGAAAAAUUGACUUUAAGAUUAAAGUUACAGUGCCAACAAGUUUGACAAAAUUACCCAUGCCUCCUGGAAUAAAUUUGGAAGACAUUGACUCACCCACAUCUCCAAGUACACCACCUGAAACAAAGCCCACCAGGAAGAGUAUUAUCACAGACCUACCAAUGCCUCCAAUGAUAGCAGGAACAGAGGAUCUUUCUCCCGACGAUGAUACUCUGAGCGCUCCUCCUCUCUCCCGCUUAGGCCACCACAAAUCAAGAUCCUCUGCAGCUAGACCCAAAAUACUAAAUGCCAAACGUCACGACCGCACCCCUCUAGAAGACUGGAGUGAACGAUGUGUGGAAGUAUUUGACAUUAUUGCCCAGAUUGGAGAAGGGACGUACGGGCAGGUGUAUAAAGCUAGAGCUAAGGACAAGAAAAAUGAUGAGAUGGUAGCCUUGAAGAAAGUGAGACUAGAAAAUGAAAAAGAAGGUUUUCCCAUUACUGCUGUUCGAGAAAUAAAAAUCCUGAAGCAGCUUCACCAUAAAAAUAUUGUCAAUCUAAAAGAAAUUGUUACAGACAAACAAGAUGCUAUUGAUUUCAGACAUGACAAGGGAUCUUUCUACUUGGUGUUUGAGUACAUGGAUCAUGACCUGAUGGGCUUACUGGAGUCAGGGAUGGUGGAGUUUUCAGAGCAGCACAAUGCUUCCAUCAUGAGACAACUGCUUAAUGGUCUUAAUUAUUGCCACAAGAAGAAUUUUCUCCAUAGAGACAUCAAGUGUAGCAAUAUCCUUAUGAACAACAAAGGUCAGAUAAAGUUGGGUGACUUUGGUCUGGCAAGAUUGUUCAGCUCUAAUAAGGAAAGGCCCUACACCAAUAAGGUCAUCACUCUGUGGUACCGUCCCCCGGAGUUGCUGUUGGGGGAAGAGCGCUAUGGGCCAGCCAUUGAUGUGUGGUCUUGUGGUUGCAUCCUUGGAGAACUUUUCCAAAAACGUCCACUGUUUCAAGCAAGUACUGAGCCCAUGCAACUAGAUGUAAUAUCUAGAGUUUGUGGGACGCCUUCUCCAGCAGAUUGGCCUGAUAUAGUGAAAUUACCUGGAUGGGGUACCAUGAAGCCAAAAAAGACAUACAGGAGGAGGAUUAUGGAAGACUUUAAAGAUAAAAUGCCUCAGCCUGCCCUAGAACUUUUGGAUCAGAUGUUGAAACUUGAUCCUUCAAAACGUAUCAGUGCUGAAAACGCUCUCAAUGGAACAUGGUUGAAGAAUGUGGAUCCAGAUUUAAUGGAACCACCACCACUUCCAAAGUACCAGGAUUGUCAUGAACUCUGGAGCAAGAGAAGACGACGUCAACUCAAGGAGCAACAAGAAGCAGCAAUUGGCAAUGUUGCUGGACCCCAGGGUGUUCCUGGAAAAGCAGUUGGUCCUCUUAUUGGCCAGCAGGGAUUCACUGGACCCCACAAAGAUCAACGACCCUUGUAUCGGGGUGGAGCUGAGGAGAGUGGCCUUGAUAACAGAAGACUUGAGAGCAACAGUGGAGAUGGCUUUAUAAGCAAUAGCCUCCCUACCUCUCGCAGCAACUCCCCAAGACCACCCUUACACUAUAGGGGUCAAGGAUCACACACUCCACCAAGUGCAAUAACAGGAGACAGUCUUACUCCACCCCAUGUUGGCCAUCGUUAUAACACACCACCAGUAGCUCAUGACGAGUCCCACCCUUUGUAUCGCCAGCUUUAUCACCUUGCCCAUCUGAUCAACACUAGACAGACUGUAGUAUUUAGUCAGCUGGCUGCCCUAACAAGUGAUCAGCUGGAUUUGGGCAUGCGCCGGCUGCUGGAGCGGUUAAAUGCUGCUGUGUUACUGGCUGCCACAGCUCGAGAGAGACGUGUGCGAGGAGACUCAGCCAUGGUGGAUGUGAGUGAUGUGCCAGUGGAACCAAGUGAACCGGUUAUUACCCCAGCUGCUUUAUAUGGGAAUGGUGAAGGCGACACUGGAUUGCUGUCAGAUGGUGUUCGAGAAGUUCUGUCACAAGUAUUUGCCAUGUUCAAUCUGCCUGUGUCAGGAUUGACUCCCGGGUCUGCUGCAGCAGUCAGGGGUCAGGGUGGCCCACAUACUGACCACUCUCACCGCUACAACAACACUGGUCGUGUCACAUGACCUCCAUCGUCUGCAACUUAGUAGGUUCAUAUAAACUCUGAAAGAAUAUAUUAUUUAAUAAAAAUAUGUUAAUUGCAUAUUUUCUUUAUAUGAGAAUCUUACAACUGAAACUUUCAUGGCCUUUACCAAUUUGUGUAAAUAAGUGUACAGGGGUGAGCAGAUUUUUAUGAUGUGUGGGGUACUCAGGUGUUGUGCAGUCAGCCUUGUUCCUUUAUUACCCCAUCCUCACCCAGGGGUAUUGUACUAGUGCAAGAAUUCCUUGCGUCUAUAAGAAUAGUGCACUAUUUUUUCAGUAGCAGUAACUUAUAAGAUGCUGCUCAUGGGCAUUCAGGAAGUAUGGUAGAUAAAAACUGAUCAUUAAUGAUUGAAGUAUGUAUACUAUCCUGGAAUAGGAAGUUAUAUUUCUAUAUAUAUAUAUAGACAUCAGGUAAGUGGAUGAAUGACAGCUUCUGUUUCUUCAUUUAUAUAAAGAGGAUGGUCGUACAUUCCAUGAAAUCACAUUUCACUAAGCUGAGGCCAUGACCACAUGACUGUAAUGGUUGACAACUGAGCUUGUGUAUAAAAACAAAGACCAUACAUAUAUGGACAAAUUUUUUUUGUCCUUGAACAAAUGGUCUGAUAUCUGUUCAUCAGUUGUCAGGCUGUUGAAACUGUGAUGUGUAUUAUAUAUGUAAAUCUAAAUUAUGCAUCUCUACUCUGCAGAUCCUCAGUAUUAGCUCGUGGGAUGCUGAGCCCUGCAGGUUGUUACAACUGUGUAGAAUUACAACUAAAAUUAAAUUUGUCUAUAGUUCAAAGUGUACCAUUGGUUUGUAAUGGUAACUUUUAUAUCAAUAAAACAAAUGUAUUAAAAUACAA